AUGGGCAGGCUGUGCCACUUGCUGCGGGCAGCCUACCCCAGACCGAAAAUCGAGGAUGGGCAUUUAAACAACGCCUUGGGAUCCCCAGUGCAAGCGGAUGUGUAUUUUCCACGGCUGGUCGUCCCCUUUAGUGGGCACAUCAAAGGAGGAAUGAGGCCGGGAAAGAAGAUCUUAGUUAUGGGCAUAGUGGAUCUCAACCCCGAGAGCUUUGACAUCAGUCUCACAUGCGGAGACUCAGAAGAUCCUCCUGCAGAUGUAGCCAUUGAACUGAAAGCUGUAUUUCCAGACAGGCAGUUCCUUAGAAACUCUUGUAUAUCUGGUGAACGGGGGGAGGAACAGUCGUCAAUUCCAUACUUUCCCUUCAUUCCAGACCAGCCGUUUAGGGUUGAAAUUCUUUGUGAGCACCCCCGUUUUAGAAUAUUUGUGGAUGGACAUCAGCUUUUUGAUUUUUACCAUCGUAUUGAAACAUUGUCAGCAAUUGACACAAUAAAGAUAAAUGGAGAUCUUCAGCUUACUAAACUUGGCUGAACUUGUUAGAAACUGUAGAUUCCAAACUGGCUCAUGUGCCAUCAUCUGUCUGGAAGAUCAGUGACAGCUGGGUCUGGACACAACUGUAAUAGACAGGCUUCACUGUUUGUUUCCUGUGUGCAGUAAAGAAUACGUUGCUGAAUUGAACUGUUGUUUAUCCUAAUGAAGAAAGCUGUUGAUUAAUAGACACUGAGCCAUUUUUCUUGGAACAAAAAGAUAACCCAUCCAUGCUGGAUAAUCAAAUUAGAAUGGAUUUGGAAAGACUUACAAUCCAGUCUUUAAAUUGCAGCAGCUAUUAAUCUUCUCACAGAAAGGCAGUUUCUGAAAAGAAGUGCUAAAAGCAGUUAUUGAACAGUUAUUUAAAACACACACACACCCUCAUACAAAGUUUUCUUUUACAAAUAUUGUACCUGCACUGAAGUGGAUUAGUGUAGCACAACACAGGGCCAAAUGAUGAAAUCCUUAUCCAGGACCUGAGCCUGCUUCCACUGACAUCAAAAUAGUAAUACUCCCAUUGACGUCAAUGGGGCACAAUCGAACCUCCUAUCCUUACUUGAGCAUGAUUCCCAUAUAUUACUAUGGGAUUUUUGCCCCAGGGAGUAGCCAGAUCUUCAGCUGGGGCAAUCAAUGGAAGUUAAUUUGUUUCUGUGGAAAUAUGCUGACUUCCCCCCAUGGAAGAUCUGGCCUCUAGGCCGUGCGAAAACUGAGUAAGGGCUUCAGGAUAGGGUUUGUAUAUUUUAGUCAGGGUAUUUGCAUAGAAUGUAGAUUGUUCAGAGUUUUGCACAUGUCAUGUUAAUACAAUUUUUAAAGCUUACCUGUAGUUUUAUUUAUUUAUACUCAUGUAUGUAUUAUUAGCAAAUAUGAACAGGGGGUUACUGAUCAUUCAGAACAGCAAAGUAUAAGCAUUUUGAAUGUACAUGUCUUAGGUUCUUUGGGUAAAUGUAACAUAUUCUUGAAAUGAGUCACACUUUAUUGAACAGUUGAUUACAUUCUAAUGAUGUCCUCUUGGCCCACUGAUGGUGAAGGUCUGUUCGUGUAUUCACUAGAAACUGUUUUUCAGGGCUUUAUAACUUCGCUGUAAAUGGUAGGUCCAAGCUAAGGUGGAUUCAUUUUUCAAACUUAACUAGAAAAAAUUAAGUUUUAAAUGUGCUUUUAUAAAUUCAAGAACACAGUUACAUUUUAUAGGCUACUAGUUCAAAAUAGAACUAGCCAUUUUGGCGGGGUUGGUGGGAAAUUCUCUGCAUAUAUCCAAGGUCAUAAUUUGGUCCUUGACGCUAAAUUGAAAACUAGUCUAGACAGCCAAGUUACUAACACUUGAAAAUCAGCUACUGCACAUGAAUAAUAACUUUUCCAAAUAGCUUUUUAAAUAAAUAGACAUAGCUGUAUAAACACUGUAAUUGCUCUACACUAUGAAUAAACACAGUAACUUUUCAUGGCUUCUUUAAAACUAAGUAUACUUGUUUUCCUCUUGGCUUUACACAAUGGAAUAUAAUAGGUCUUUUUGAAGUGUUAUAGUUUGAGAAAGAGAAAUGAAUAUAGACAAUUUUAAAACCAUGUAUUAUAAGGACUUUAAGACACACAUUAUGAUGACAUUUUUAUAGCACAGCAUGAGAGAAAGACAGACAGACACAGAUGGAACUAUGUUAAGCUUAUGAUAAAGACCUGGAUUAAUCCAACCAAAACUGGAAUAUCAAGAGUUAAGUCUAGAAUGUCAAGUACAAGUCAAGAAAAGGUUCUUUGGGUAAAUCUAAUAUCUUUUAUUAGACCAACUUAUUAGUUGGUCUAAUAAAAAAUAUCAGAUUUACCCAAAGAACUUUGUCUGCCUUUGUCCUUAGACCAACACAGCUACAACCAAUAGCCCUGAAAUUUGUAAGUCAAUUCAUUUUACCUUUAUUCUAAGCUGAUAUGACCCUCAGUCAGGAAGUCAUAGGGAGCAAGCCAGCAUCCUACCUAUGGCCCUAAUCCAAUGUCCACUAAAGUCAAUGAAAGUCUUUUCGCUGCACUUUGGAUCUAGUCCCCUAAAAACUAAAAACCUAGAGGCUUCAUUCUCAUCUUGUUCUAGUAGAAAUUAAAUUUCAUUGGCUAAAAUGAGAAUGAAUUUUCCCUCGCAUGAGUGAAAUCAGAAUUAGACCUCUACCUAUACAAUGUGAUUAAAAAUGGAGUUUUAGCCUUAACUUUGAAUUGCAAUGAUUAUUCCUCACCCCACCCCCCAACACACACACACACACACACACACACACACACACACACACACACACACACACACACACACAUUAAACCAGAGCCUACAUGUUAUUUUUAGAGUUUCUUUUUUCCUGGUGUAUGGCUUUAUAUGUAAAUUGGACUCAGUUUGUACUUCAGGUUGACUCUUGAUAUAAAAUGUUUCUGUCUUGCUUUGCUUUUAUUAUUUUACAGAAGUAUUGAAAUGACCGUGUCAUUUUCAAAUGUAUUAAGAAUGCUGAAAAUGUUUCAGUACAAAAAUAUAUUCUUAAAAAUAAAAAUCUAGGAAAAGAAGCUUGUUACAUGAAAUGUUUGGAUUAUUUGCCACCUUUUUUUGCAACCUCUUACAGCUCAAAUGCAGGUGUAAGUAGGACAUAAAUUUUGGCUUGGACCUAUUAACAGCUGCCUUGUCCAGCAUUUUCUUAAUUUUGCCCAUUAAUGUAGCCAGCCCAGGAGAAUAGCACUAGAGGAAGAAUGUUUGUACAGACAGAUGCUUUUAUACCAUUUCCUCUCCAUGCUGCCAUGUUGUUUUAUAUCUGGGAACAAAAGGGUUGGUUGAACUGCCCUUGCUCAGCUGCUCUGUUAGUACAUUUUCAUCCCCUUUCAACUGUUUGCAGCUUGUAUCAGUUAGAGCAGCCCUUAGACUUCUGUAACCCAGUGAUAACCCUGUGCAGAGCAGAAGCAUAACUCAUGAAUGCAAAAAUGAACUGUCAAGAUUUGUGCUUGGUGCUUUGUCCAGGUCAAAGGAACCCCAGGAGGUGAUCCUUUCACUGCCCCCCACCCUUACAAGACUCUUGGUGUUAAACCUGGGUACUGUUUUACAUUUCUCAGCUGCCUGUAUGUUGUUCUUCAUAAUGAAUAAUAAUUUUCUGUCCAAGACAAUACUUAGAGUGCCUCAUCCCAGUCUUAUUCUGGUUUCACCCUGAUGUAGUGCCAUUGGCUUCAACUGCAAGCAUUUUGGGGGUUUUUUACCCGUGCUUUGAGGUUUUGGGAGGUACUGUAAUUAGAGUGGCUCUCAGAACCAUUAAAGCACCUACAGCAUCUCAUGUAUCAGCGUUCCUGCGCUUCAAAAUGGGGGUGGAAGCGCUUUAACUAAAACUCAUCAAACUGGAUGUGAAAGCAAUAACUGUGACUUUUGACCAUUUCCUCAGUAUCCAAACUUGUGGAUCUUUCAUGAAGAACUCAUAGAACAACCUUUAGUUGAAGCACCCUUGCUGCCAUUUUGAAGCAUGGGGACACUGAUACACAAGACACGAAGGCUGGCUGCAGCACGCUAAUUAGCAUGCUCCAGCAGACUCGAUUAAUUGAGUCUGCUCCAACAUAGUAAUUAUAAUAUAUUGGAGCAGCCUCCCCACACAUCUACAGGAACCCAUUAUUUUGACUCUUGUGAUUUCAGAAUCAGGCCCAAAGAAAGGGAGGAUUGAUAAUAUAUUUCUAGUAUGUUUUAACUUAGUUUAUCACAAAAGGUUCACAAGUUUGGAUACUGAGAAAAAAAUGGUAAAUAAAAAUCACAGUUAUUGCUUUCAUAUCCAGUAGGCUAGUCAGUUGGAAGUCUUUUAAUUCUUUGUGGCUAGGCAGUUCCCAGCUGCAGAGAGUCAAAAUAGGCAAGUCUGAGACUGCAUGGGACCUGGUUCUUAUUUCAUGUAUGCUACGUUUAUUCCAGAUAGCUCAAUCUUCUACCUAGUUUAUGCCUGGUGUAAGUGAAAAAAGAAUCAGGCCCUAAGUGUUAUUGCUCAGUAAGACUUUGUUAAAAACCACCAAAUACCUCACCAGGUCAUUUAGAUAGAAUAUGCUAAGUAUUCACUAACAAUGAGAUCAUGCUGCAGUACCAGUUCCUGGAUUCAAACUUCUCCAGAGUUUAGGGAUUAUUCCAAUCUGAGAUUUUGAUUUAAGCGUGUUGCUAGUACUUGUCAAAUGAUGCAUUUGAUUAUCUAGAAGGCAGCAUCUGUAGGCCAGGAUUUCAGAAAGGCUCAGCACCUCCACACGGCCAGAUUUUAAAAAAUAUUUAGUUCCCAGCUACUCAUGUCAUUUCAUUGGGAGACGUUAGUCACCAAACUCUUUUGAAAGUUGGUUCCAAUAGGCUCAAGUGAGUAAAUAAACUAACAAGAUAACUUUUUAUCACUUAUUUUGUGACUUUCUGCCUAAUACCAUCAGACUAUGGUGAGCGGAACAUAAGGUUGAAUGAAUAAAGCCUUGAGUGAUUUAAAACAAAUAAAUACAGGGCAUGUCUUUACAGUGCAUUAAGGUUAGUAACUGUUAUUACUAACCUUAAUGCACCGUAAUCGGCAUUACUGUGUAAUAGCUCCAUUGUACAUUUUUUAUGUGAUGCUAAUGUGCAGUAGACUAAUUCUACUUUGCAUUUGUGCAUUAGCACGGCUUUCACCGUGACGUGCUAAUGUGCAGUAAAAUUUGUCUACUGGGCUUCG